ACACACACACACACACGCGCACACACUCUGGCAUCCACCUGAAACAAACUUUGCCCUCUUUGACUCUAGCUAAUCUCUCUAGCUGCAUUUAUUACAGCUUCUUUCGAUCAUCUUCUCCACAGGAAACAAGAUUUUUUGCGAGGACCGGUGUCAUCUCGACCAAAGAAGAAACCAACAAUGUCCAGCUUCAUGAAAGUCUUUCUGCUCCUGGCUGUCAUGGUCUGCAUCUCUAAAGCCCAACAAGAACAAAGCCUUCAUCAACCAGAACAGUGUCUGUGUCAACGUGUCAGGGAUAGAAUUGCCUCAAAGACUGACAUAAAGGACAUCCAGAUCUACCCAGCAACCACCUACUGUAACAAAGUGGAGAUUGUUGUCACCAACAACAGCGGCCUUCGCUACUGCCUGAACCCCAAGCUGAAGGCAGUGCAAAAAAUCAUGGCUUCCAUCAUGAAACCAAAAACCUCCACUACAGCCAGACCAACUGAGACCACUUCCACCCCAGGCAGCACCAACACAGCUCGCAUCUGACUCUUUAGCUCCUUGGAUCAAUAAGAAGCUGAUGAUAACCUCCGACCCCAAACAGAGGCAUCUUCAAUUAAUGUAGAUGUGAAAUGAAUGAAACGUUUUGUCUAUUUAUCUUCUAUUUAUGCUGAUGUGCACUUACAGUAUAUUUCCGUUCUAUUUUAUUUCCUCUAAUCUGUUUUUGUAAAUAUGUAUAUAUUGUAGACUAAGUUUUCUGCAUGUUGGUCAUUUCUUUGUUUUUAAUAAUAAAAAGAAAUCAAGGAAGCAUUGA